AACGCCAUUGGCUGAAGUCUGAAUAAUAUAGACAUAAUUUGUCCUUUGACUUAUCCCAUGUGUAUGCAUCUUUUCCACACAGGAACUGCCAGAAAUUCUAAACCACGUACCAGGAGCUCAUGAAAGAUGGUUCACGUAGGCCAGUUUUAUCAGGGUUCCGGCCUCCUACAGCCGGUAUCCGACAUCAUCGGGUUACCGCUUGACCAGAUUAACUACCUUGCCUGCAAUAUAGUGGCAUUUUUCUGUGCGAUACAGAUGAGAAAACGACUUCCUGGAUCAAUAGAAAACAGUCAACAGAGACAUGUUAUAGAACUAUGUAUCGGACUUCUCCUGUCUGUGUUCUGUUUUGGGUACCAGGCCAUCCACAUGGUCCUGUACUCUACAAUACCCUACCUGUUUAUGUUGUAUGGACCGAGGGACUCUUUUCAUAAGAUAGUUUUUGCUGUAGUUAUGGGCUAUGCUUCUAUCAUGCAUAUCUACCGACUAUACUACGACUUCUUCGGCUUCUCACUGGAUGUAACUGGACCUUUGAUGCUGAUGACACAGAAAUGCACAAGUGUUGCAUUUGCUCUGCAUGAUGGAACCGAGAAAGACGAAGAAAAAUUGUCAGAAGAUCAGAAGAAAAUGUGCAUCAGGAAGACACCCGAUGCCCUGUCCUAUUACAGCUACAUUUUCUGUUUCCACGGCGUCAUGGCAGGACCGCCUGUCUUCUAUACUGAUUACAUACAAUUCAUUAAUGGAGAAAACCUCAAGGUUUCAAAACCAGAAACAAAAAAUACCAGUAAUCAUCAGAUUGAGAGCCCUACACCAACUCCAGAGACGGCGAUGAGAGAGACUGGACUGAUUGUAGCUGUGUGUGGAGUACUGAUGCUGCUGAGUCCGAUCUUCUUUCCAGUUUCAAGACUGGCAGAUGAUGAGUUCCUGUAUGAGACCAACAUCCUGUACCGUAAUCUGUAUUUGCUCAUCUCUGUUUCCCUGGUCCGAGCAAAAUAUUACUUUGCCUGGAAACUCGGUGAACUUACCAACCAAUCAGCAGGACUUGGUUUUCAAGGCUACGACGAAAAUGGCAAAGAAAAGUGGGAUUUAUUGAAUAACGUCAAUAUAUGGAGGUUAGAGGUAAGGUCACCAAGAAAUUCCUUCGUCAUACUCGCCACCAGACAUUUAAAGGCUAACACUGAUCAGUGUGAUGUAAACAAUCCUCAAACAGAGACUAACACUGAUCAGUGUGAUGUAAACAAUCCUCAAACAGAGGCUAACACUGAUCAGUGUGAUGUAAACAAUCCUCAAACAGAGACUAACACUGAUCAGUGUGAUGUAAACAAUCCUCAAACAGAGACUAACACUGAUCAGUGUGAUGUAAACAAUCCUCAAACAGAGACUAACACUGAUCAGUGUGAUGUAAACAAUCCUCAAACAGAGGCUAACACUGAUCAGUGUGAUGUAAACAAUCCUCAAACAGAGGCUAACACUGAUCAGUGUGAUGUAAACAAUCCUCAAACAGAGGCUAACACUGAUCAGUGUGAUGUAAACAAUCCUCAAACAGAGACUAACACUGAUCAGUGUGAUGUAAACAAUCCUCAAACAGAGGCUAACACUGAUCAGUGUGAUGUAAACAAUCCUCAAACAGAGGCUAACACUGAUCAGUGUGAUGUAAACAAUCCUCAAACAGAGACCAACACUGAUCAGUGUGAUGUAAACAAUCCUCAAACAGAGGCUAACACUGAUCAGUGUGAUGUAAACAAUCCUCAAACAGAGACUAACACUGAUCAGUGUGAUGUAAACAAUCCUCAAACAGAGACUAACAUUGAUCAGUGUGAUGUAAACAAUCCUCAAACAGAGACUAACACUGAUCAGUGUGAUGUAAACAAUCCUCAAACAGAGACUAACACUGAUCAGUGUGAUGUAAACAAUCCUCAAACAGAGACUAACACUGAUCAGUGUGAUGUAAACAAUCCUCAAACAGAGGCUAACACUGAUCAGUGUGAUGUAAACAAUCCUCAAACAGAGGCUAACACUGAUCAGUGUGAUGUAAACAAUCCUCAAACAGAGGCUAACAUUGAUCAGUGUGAUGUAAACAAUCCAUUUAAAAAAAUAGAAUCGGUUGGAUUUUACAUUCACAUUUUUACUGUGGUAACGCUUGUCUUCUACACCUUCAUCAAACCAACAAAGAAACGUGAGGAUGUUCAGAAGAAAGAGUGA